AUGGUUGGUAGUGCGUAUUGUCCAUUAUCGUUACGAGAUCCUCCACAACGUCUACAAGCUCUUGUCAAUCAGACUCAGAGUCAUUUAGUCUUGGUUCAUGCAAGUGCACCAGCUGCUUUCGACCCCGACAAUCUAACUGUAAAUAUUGACUGUAUUAUUCGUCUCGAAGAAAGAUUUAGUGAAAUUAAUCUGAACGAACUUUCAAAUGUUCCUGUAACACCAGAAAGUGUUGUGUUUGUUAUUUUUACAAGUGGUUCAACUGGUAUUCCAAAAGCGGUUCAACUGCGUCAUCGAAAUUUCACUGAGUUUAUGCAUUCAUUUGUGAAUAUUGAUGUAGUAACAAAGUUUGACACAAUAAUACAGAUGGCCCGGUGCUCUUUUGACAAUCAUCUGCUAAGCUUAGUUGGUACACUGGUUAUUGGUAGCACACUAGUAAUGCUUCGACCGGAAGGCAAUAUGGAUUUAGAAUAUCUUGCUGGAGUCCUCGAUCAAAAGCAGAUUACUGUCAUGCAUGCUGUUCCAUCGCUUCUGAACAGUUUAUUUGAAUUUCUCAGAAUUAAUAAGCGUACAUCAGCAGUUAAAUAUUUACGAUCCUUAUGCAGUGGUGGCGAGGCAGUUAAUGUUAAGCAAGUUAAUCUAUUUCAAAAUUUAGUUGGAAAGCAAUGUCGAAUUCGAAAUCAUUAUGGUCCAGCCGAAAUCACGAUCAAUUGUGCUUGUUAUUUAAUUGACCUGAGCAAAAGCCAAACAAGCAUUUCUAUAGGUCAACUUUUACCCAAUUACCGGUGUCUGAUUUUAGACGAAUUUUCUCAGUGUGUCUGUAUUGGGCAUGAAGGAGAAUUGCUAGUGAGUGGUGUAGGUAUGUUUGCUGGAUACUUUGAUCGUGAUGAUUUGACUGCCAAGGCAAUGAUCAAUAUCAACGGGCAAAUGUACUAUAAAACAGGUGAUCUUAUUACAAUCGAUAAUAAUGGUCUUCUGCAUUAUCAAGGAAGAAAAGAUCAUCAGAUCAAACUACAUGGACAACGAAUUGAACUUGGUGAAAUCGAACGAUG